AAAGUGUCUGGAUUUUAGAGCGUUCCCGUGGUUCGGCAUGGACAUUGGUGGAACACUGGUUAAGUUGGUCUACUUUGAACCAAAGGAUAUUACAGCCGAAGAGGAACAAGAGGAGGUAGAGAACCUGAAGAGCAUCCGGAAGUAUCUGACUUCUAACACUGCUUAUGGGAAAACCGGGAUCCGGGACGUCCACCUGGAACUGAAAAACUUGACCAUGUGUGGGCGCAAAGGGAACCUCCACUUCAUCCGCUUCCCCAGCUGUGCCAUGCACAGGUUCAUUCAGAUGGGCAGCGAGAAUAACUUUUCCAGCCUUCACACCACCCUCUGUGCCACGGGAGGUGGGGCUUUCAAGUUUGAAGAGGACUUCAGAAUGAUUGCUGACCUGCAGCUGCAUAAACUGGAUGAACUGGACUGUCUGAUUCAGGGCCUGCUUUACGUCGACUCUGUUGGCUUCAAUGGCAAGCCGGAACGUUACUAUUUUGAAAAUCCCACAAAUCCUGAAUUGUGUCAAAAAAAGCCGUACUGCCUUGAUAAUCCAUACCCUAUGUUACUGGUUAACAUGGGCUCAGGUGUCAGCAUUCUAGCAGUGUACUCCAAGGACAACUAUAAAAGAGUUACAGGGACCAGACUUGGAGGUGGAACAUUCCUAGGCCUAUGUUGCUUGCUGACUGGUUGUGAGACCUUUGAAGAAGCUCUGGAAAUGGCAGCUAAAGGCGACAGCACCAAUGUUGAUAAGCUGGUGAAGGACAUUUACGGAGGAGACUAUGAACGAUUUGGCCUUCAAGGAUCUGCUGUAGCAUCAAGCUUUGGCAACAUGAUGAGUAAAGAAAAGCGAGAUUCCAUCAGCAAGGAAGACCUUGCCCGGGCCACAUUGGUCACCAUCACCAACAACAUUGGCUCCAUUGCUCGGAUGUGUGCAUUGAAUGAGAAUAUAGAUAGAGUUGUGUUUGUUGGGAAUUUUCUCAGAAUCAAUAUGGUCUCCAUGAAGCUCCUAGCAUAUGCCAUGGAUUUCUGGUCCAAAGGACAGCUAAAAGCUCUGUUUUUGGAACAUGAGGGUUAUUUUGGAGCUGUUGGGGCACUGUUGGAACUGUUCAAAAUGACUGAUGACCAGUAG